CCCAUGGACCCCACAAGACAGCCCCUGUCCCCCUGCUCCUCACGGACCCCCAGUCCCAGACCCCUGCCCUGUGAGAUGCUUGGUUACGUGGGCAUUGAGGCCGUGCUGGAUCAACUGAGGAUCAAAGCCAUGAAGAUGGGGUUUGAGUUCAACAUCAUGGUAGUGGGGCAGAGCGGGCUAGGCAAGUCCACCAUGGUGAACACGCUAUUCAAGUCCAAAGUGUGGAAGUCCACCCCACCGGGCUUGGGAGGGCCCACGCCCCAAACACUGCAGCUGCAGUCGGUGACCCACGUCAUUGAGGAGAAGGGCGUGAAGCUGAAACUGACUGUGACCGACACACCUGGCUUCGGGGACCAGAUCAAUAAUGACAAAUGCUGGGACCCCAUCCUGGGCUACAUCAAUGAGCAGUAUGAACGGUACCUGCAAGAGGAGAUUCUCAUCACCCGCCAACGCCACAUCCCUGACACCCGGGUACACUGUUGUGUGUACUUCGUGCCGCCCACCGGGCAUUGCCUGAGGCCCCUGGACAUUGAAUUCCUGCAGCGGCUGUGCCGGGCAGUGAACGUCGUGCCUGUGAUUGCCCGUGCCGACAGCCUGACCCUGGAGGAGCGAGAGGCCUUCAGGCACAGAAUCCAGCAAAACCUGAGGACACACUGCAUUGACGUAUACCCGCAGAAGUGCUUCGAUGAGGACGUCAAUGACAAAAUCCUCAACAGCAAGAUUCGGGACCGGAUCCCCUUUGCUGUGGUCGGAGCUGACCGAGAGCAUCUAGUGAACGGGAAGUGUGUCCUGGGCCGGAAGACCAAGUGGGGCAUCAUUGAAGUGGAGAACAUCUCUCACUGUGAGUUUCCACUCCUGAGAGACCUCCUCAUUCGCUCCCACCUACAAGACCUGAAGGACAUCACCCACAACGUGCACUAUGAGAAUUACCGGGUCUUCAGACUCAACGAGAGCCAUGUAUUGCCCCGUGGGCCAGGCUGGGUGAACCUGGGCCCAGUGCAUCCCGGAUCCCCAGUCUUGCCCGGGCCCUCGAAGGCCCACCGACGGGUCCAGGAAGACUCAGAGGAGGAAUUCUGA